AUGCCCAGAGACGGUACUGACGCUCUUAACGAAUACCUUCAGAGGAAGGGAAGGCUCCACAGUCUCAGCUGGCAGGUGAGGACCACCGGUCCGACCCAUUCCCCGACGUGGACUUGCACUUGCAAGAUCAACGGUGAGGUCAAGAGUGUGGGUACGGGAACCCACCAGACUGCCGCCAAAAAUAUGGCGGCGAACAUCGCGCUCGAAGCGCUGAUUGAAGGAGAAGAGACCGAGAACAACUGA